GCCGCCGUCCGGCCAGUGCUCCCGAAGCCCCACGCGGGACUGUGAUGGCCGGAGAGAUGACGAUCCUAGGAUCAGCUGUUUUGACUCUCCUGUUGGCUGGCUAUUUGUCACAACAGUAUUUACCACUGCCUACACCUAAAGUGAUUGGCAUUGACCUUGGCACCACCUACUGCUCUGUGGGGGUGUUUUUUCCUGGCACCGGAAAAGUGAAGGUCAUUCCAGAUGAAAAUGGGCACAUCAGCAUACCCAGCAUGGUGUCCUUUACGGACCACGAUGUUUACGUGGGGUACGAAAGCUUGGAGCUGGCAGACGCGGACCCCCAGAACACUAUAUAUGACGCCAAAAGGUUCAUCGGCAAGACUUUCACCCCAGAGGAGCUAGAAGCUGAAAUCGGCAGAUACCCAUUUAAGGUGUUAAACAAGGACGGAGUGGUGGAGUUCUCUGUGACGGGCAACGGGUCCAUGGCCGUCUCCCCCGAGUACGUGGGCUCCAGACUGCUGCUGAAGCUGAAGGAGAUGGCGGAGAAGUUCCUCGGCAUGCCCGUCGCCAACGCCGUCAUUUCUGUACCCGCAGAGUUUGAUCUGAAACAGAGAAAUUCAACAAUCGAAGCUGCUAACCUUGCAGGACUGAAGAUCUUGAGGGUGAUAAACGAGCCCACCGCGGCAGCCAUGGCCUAUGGUCUGCACAAGGCUGAUGUCUUCUACGUCCUGGUGAUCGAUCUGGGCGGAGGGACUCUGGAUGUGUCGCUGCUGAACAAACAAGGAGGGAUGUUUCUGACCCGGGCGAUGUCUGGAAACAACAAGCUUGGGGGCCAGGACUUCAACCAGAGGCUGCUGCAGCACCUGUACCGCCAGGUGUCCCAGACGCUCGGCUUCCUGCCGUCCCGGAAGGAGGAGGUGCACAGGCUGCGGCAGGCCGUCGAGAUGGUCAAGCUCAACCUGACCGAGCACCCGUCCGCCCAGGUGUCGGUGCUGCUGACCGUGGAGGGGGCCGCGCAGGAGGCUCCGCGCGGAGGCGCCGGGCGGCCGCAGGACAGCCGGGUCCCUGCAGAGAAAGCUGGGGGACGGCAGGUUCUCUUCGAGACGGAGAUAUCCCGGGAGCUCUUCGACACCCUGAAUGAGGACCUCUUCCAGAAAAUACUGGUGCCCGUUCGGCAGGUGCUGAAGGACGGCCACCUGGAGAAGACGGAAGUGGACGAGGUGGUUUUGGUGGGGGGCUCCACCCGCAUCCCGCGGAUCCGCCAGGUCAUCCAGGAGUUCUUCGGGAAGGACCCCAACACGUCUGUGGACCCCGACCUGGCGGUGGUGACGGGCGUGGCCAUCCAGGCAGGGAUCGACGGGGGCUCCUGGCCCCUCCAAGUCAGUGCCCUGGAGAUCCCCAACAAGCACCUGCAGAAGACCAACUUCAACUGAGCCUCCCGGCCACUGAUCUCGUCAGACCACCUCCUCCCGACCAGUCUCAGACAUCUCAAAACUUCCAGACACGAAAGUCGCACACUCUGUGUUAGGGGCGACUGAGACCAGACGGAUCUGUCUGAUCGUGGAGGGGUGCCGUUGCCAGACACUUCUGAAGGGCAGGUGAGCACCGCGUUCGCUCGGAUUCUGGAAGUAGAUCAUGUGCGUCUUACAUUCUAGUCUGUAAACAUUGCCAAUCGUGGGUUCCCAGUUCUUACUAAAUUGUAUUAGCAGGAGCUGGUCUUGUGUUUACUCGGUUAUCACAUGUACUAAUAAUCUGAACUAUACUUGAAGGGCACUGAGGUCAGAUACUUGGGGUGGCUGGGAGACAGCAGUGUUGUUGAUACAAGCUGCGUAGGAGUAAUAACUGCCACAUCGUAUGACAUUUACGUUCACGAAUUCGGUGUCCCCUUGGUUCCAUGUGAUCUGCAUUCUCCAGGUUUUUUAAAUACAUUCAUUGGAUCAGUUUCUCUCAAACAGCUGCAGAUUCAUGCCCACGCUCCGUGCAUUCUGGCUCCUGCCCGGGGGCUCCCCGGCUCUGCCCGGGGUUCCCGAGUCCCCUCGCCGGCUCUGCCCGCUC